AUGGCAACAGCGACACCGUCUCCUCACCCACUCCCGCCCAAGGACCCUUCGCCCGACGAUACCGCAUUGCCCCAGUUCAAAGCUUCCGCCUCUCCCAACGGCGAUCAGCAGAUUCCCGGUGGUGCCCGACGCUCUUCUUUUAAUUUCUUGCGCAGGCAGAAGUCGAACGAGGCAAAAGGAAACCGCUCCGUGUCAGGAGGCAAGAUGUCCAAGAAACAGAAGGCGCAAGCCCAGCGCGAGGAGCUCCAGCGACAGGAACGAGCGGCCGCCAUGCUACCCCGUUCGCCCCCGCGUCUCCCUGCGCAUCACACAACAGAAGGCCUUCCCACGUUCGGAGGGGAAAGCGCAAGACCAGACUCCUUCGCCAUCGUGUCCAACAGAGCCGGCGGCUACGGGCAGGGCGGAAACUUCAGCAGACCGUCCGCUGACUACAAGAUGGGCCCGCAUGGCAAAGUCCUCGUGCCGCUAGUUCCUGGCAGCUCUCCCUCGAAUGACAACUAUGAUCCCUACGCCAGGACCGAGAGCAUGACCCACCGCAGCCGCUACAGCUACGCCAACAGUACUGUCAGCACUCUGAACAGCCCUCGUCGUGUCCGGAGAAGGAAGGAUCCAACACCCUUCAACAUCCUCGUCGUUGGCACCAAGAGCUCCGGCAAGACCUCCUUCAUCAACUUUCUUCGCACGUCCCUAGCUCUGCCGGCGAAGAAGCGGGGCCACACUCCUUCCCCACCUGCUACGGCUCAACGUCCCGACUCCGCCUUUACAUCUGAAUACUUGGAGACCGAGGUGGAUCAUGAGAGAAUCGGUGUCACUUUGUGGGACUCGCAAGGCUUGGAGAAGAACGUCGUUGAUCUCCAGCUGCGAGAGAUGUCCUCCUUCCUCCAAUCCAAGUUUGAGGAGACCUUCACUGAAGAGCAGAAGGUCAUUCGUGCGCCUGGCGUUCGGGACACUCACAUACAUUGUGUCUUCCUAGUCCUAGAUCCAGCUCGUCUGGACUACAAUGUUGCAGAGUCACGCAAGAACCCGAACUUGGUCAGCAAAUUCAGCUCCCACCGCGUCAUUGGUGGUCUGGACGAGGAUCUUGACUUGCAGGUGCUUCGUACCCUUCAGGGCAAAACAACAGUGAUCCCCGUCAUCAGCAAAGCGGACACUAUCACCACAGCUCACAUGGCACACCUAAAGAAGAUCGUAUGGGACAGCCUGAAGCAGGCAAAGCUUGAUCCACUCGAGGCGCUCAAUCUCUCCGACUCGGAUGCCGAAGACGAGGACCGUCUCGAUGAGCGAGAUGAGGAUGCGUACAACCACUCGUCUUCCGACACCGAGGAGCAUUCAUCGCCCAUCCUCAACAAAAUCCUCGAUCGCUCGUCCUCUGACGCCGGCCGCUCGACUACGUCUUCCAAUUCUUCGUCGCCUGCAACUUCGCCUAGCUCCCCUCCAGAGGCAGCUAAGCGUGGAGCAGAUGGCCAUCGCCGACGAGUGUCCGCCAUGUCCGCCUCCAUUGAGAAAGAAGACUCCGAAAUUCCAUAUCUUCCCAUGAGCAUCAUCUCCCCCGACAUCUACGAGCCGGGUGUCGUCGGUCGUAAGUUUCCAUGGGGGUUCGCCGACCCAUAUAACGUUGAGCACUGCGAUUUCGUAAGGCUCAAGGACAGCGUGUUCAGCGAGUGGCGUUCGGAAUUACGAGAGGCUAGUCGCGAGCGAUGGUACGAGGGAUGGCGAACCAGCCGGUUGAAGAGGCGAGGUGAGACGCCCAGCAAGCGUGGUAUGACGUCUGAUGGUCUCAAGAGCAAACAUCUCAGCCCGACCAACGGCAACAACGGCCGUGCAGUCAGCGCUGGCAAUCCCGACAGGAACACCUACCGUUAA